AUUGAUGUACUUAAUUUGAAACAUAAAACCACGGGCAGUUUGGGAAUUGCGAAGGUUUCAAUGUUGGGAUUAGGGCUGCUGAAAGCAAAAUCCACAAUUAUGUCCCCUCUCACUCAUUAGUCCAAGGAACAACCACUUCUUCAGGACCUCAAGACAUUUAUAAAAGCCAGUGCAAUCACCUACAAGUUUUAUCCAAAAGCCACCUCUUUUUCUGCUUCCAAGUGACUUUCACAACCAAAGAGACAAAGAUGAGUCCCAUUGGCUUGUCCUUCCUCUUCUUCCUUCCUUUAGCACUUCUCUCUAUUGCCAGAGGUCAAGAAAGAGCUCCUCAUGGGCUUGUUUAUGAGAGUCCUGUACCUUUUCCACCAGCAGCAUAUGACUUCUUUCAUCCCAAUGCUCAAAAGCCUGAGAAAGAAGAGCCAUGUGCUGCAUCCAAAUGUUCACCACUGCCUCUAGCAGCUCAAGUGGAUGCCACUCAAAUAUAUGAAAACAAAGCUUCAGAAACACAGAAAGAUGGGAAACAAAUAGGAGCUGGGGGGGUAGCUGGCAUUAUCACUGCUGUUGCUUUUGCUGUGCUUUUAGCCAUGGGAAUCUACUAUGUAAAGGUCACUCGCCAAGCCAACAUGAGUAGAGCCAGUAAUAGUGUUCAAUCUCAUGCUUGAUGUGCUUUAUUUAAUCACAUAAAAACCUCAGCUUAGAGCAAGGCAUAAAUACUCUUCCAGUUUGCCCAAAUUCCCAAAAUAUUGUUUCCUUAACCAUAUAUAUGUGUGUGUAUGUAUCUCACUCUCUUAUUUCUUAGCACUAGUUCCAUUUCCCCUUGUUUGUGGUUAACAAUGUAACUACGGCUGUGAUAGUGAUUGAUAUCAAAUUUGGAUUUUUUACAUAUUUCA